ACAAAACAAACUUGCCUCGCUUAGCUACUACCCCAAAUUUAAAAAAAAAAAAAAAGAUGGCUCGCGUUGCGACAAGAAUUCCAUGGAAUCACCGGAAUUUAGCGUACGGAUGCCCGGAAUUCAAGUUCCCGGAGCAACCCGAUCCGGUUACGCCGGAUAUAGAGUUGGAAUUUCUUGAAGAUAGCGACCAGGGGGUCCUGGGAAACUGCAACGGCGAUAAAUUUAGGGGUAAUAAUAACGAUGGAAUUGUCGGCGAUGGUGUUGAUGAUGAUGACGAUGAGAAAGAGAACGAUGGGGGCAACGAUGAAAAUAGUAAGAGUUUUUGGGAAAGCCAACACCAGGUUUUACAGCAAACGUUGUGUAGGACUAGCUCCAUGGAAUUGAGAAUCAGGACCGCCACAAAAGAAGCUUUGAAUGAUAUUCAAAAAGGAAGAACUGUAUGUGUUUGUGGAAAAUCCUCAACUUCGGAAAAUUGUAAGAGUUGUCUCAUGAGAGAAGUUUCUAGCCGUCUCCAAAAUGCCGGUUUCAACAGUGCCGUUUGCCGGUCUAAAUGGCGUAGCUCCCCAGAUAUCCCAUCAGGGGAACAUAGUUUCUUGGAUGUGAUAGAAAAUACAAGGAAAGGGGAAGUAAGGGUAAUAAUAGAGUUGAAUUUCAGAGCUGAAUUUGAGAUCGCAAGAGCUAGUGAAGAUUACAAUCGGCUAGUACAAAGAUUACCAGAAGUUUUCGUAGGUAAAGUAGAAAGAUUAAACAAUGUGAUCAAAAUCUUGUGUUCGGCUGCCAAGAAAUGCAUGAAGGAAAAGAAAAUGCAUAUGGGGCCAUGGAGGAAACAAAGAUACAUGCAGGCCAAGUGGCUUAAAUCAUGCGAAAGGAAUACAUCGACACAAUCGUUGCCGGUUGGACGUUCCGGUGACCGGUUGACGAAGCCGAGGGCAUCAAUGUUAACAGUAGAUUUGUUGGGGAAGUUGUCCAAUGUGCAUUGUACAGCACUUGAGGUUGUAUGAAGAAGAUGAUAGUAUAUGCUUACUUAAAUCUGCAGUUUUGUUUAUGGAUAAAUAACGGUAUAUGAGAUAUAUAUAUAUAUAUAUAUUUUUUUUU